AUGCAGCGCAUUCUCCUCCCGCUUUCGCUGCUCGCCUCGGCAGCUGUCGGUGUCGCGGCCUCGGACGAUCUCAAGAUUGACGUAACACUUCCCGUGGAAUGCGACCGGAGGACGCAGAGAGGAGACACCAUCAACGUCCAUUACAAGGGCACCCUGCAGACCAAUGGCGAGAAAUUCGAUGCCAGCUAUGACCGUGGGUCACCUUUCAGCUUCAAACUGGGCGCCGGGAUGGUGAUUAAGGGUUGGGACGAGGGUUUGCUCGAUAUGUGCAUCGGCGAGAAACGGACCCUGACCAUCGCCCCGAGCUACGGCUAUGGAGAUCGGAGUAUUGGGCCCAUUCCUGCCGGCUCGACUCUCGUCUUCGAAACCGAGUUGAUGGGCAUCGAGGGCGUGCCCAAGCCCGAGUCAAUCAUCACCAAGUCGGCUACCAACAGCCCCAUUGCCUCUUCAGCAAGCCAGAAGGUGGCCGAGAAAGUCGCUAGUGUUGUUUCUGAAGCUGCCGAUGCGGCGAAGACGGUGAUCAUGGAUACCGACGAUGUUCAAGAACACAACGAGCUUUAG